AUGCAUCCACGCACCACAAUGAGCAGACCAUCUCCCAAAAGGAGCUUGUCGUGUGCGGGUCUCGAUAAUCUUGAUGAGCUUAUUCGUAAUUCCGAUAACCAUCGCCCUUCCCCGAGACGCAAACGCCAUCAAAGUCUUAGCAAUUUCAUUGCCCUCAAUUUUGCGACGCCAUCGUCACCUGCAUCUUCUUCGAAGGUGCUGCACCGUCCCGAUCUUCCUCCAUUUGAUGAAAAGUCUAGCUCGGGUGGAGAGUCACAACAGGUAGCGUCUUCUUCGGUUGAGCUCAGGUCUCCGGAGGUGUCUUCCCAUCAUGUUGAAGCGGUUGAUCAACACCGCAAUCCUCGUUCCGAUGAUCGGAAUAACAAUUGUGAAGACGAGCACAGCGAUGGUCUUGACGAUGAUUAUAAUGAUGAGGAUGCCAGCUACGGUAAAGUUCACGACGACCCGAACAGUUCUGUGCCAGAUUUGUCAUCUGAGGAGCCUCAAGAUGUGUUUGAGCACAGGCUCAAGCUUGACCAUGAUGCGCUCGAUGCAAAGCAUCGGGACCACAACAUGUUUAUCCUGCCAUCGCACUACUCUUCGAAUAGCGAGUGCUCUCCACGAGAAGAAUUCCUCGUCCAGGCUUUUGGCCCCAAUAGCUUCAAGCUGUAUGGCGCUUCUGAAUCAAACAACGACGAGUCGGACGAGAGCCUCAGUGAUGACAGCAGUAACAAUGACAGAGAUCAAAGCUUAUCCAAUCAUGAAAACAUGAUUGCAGAUGCUGACACGGAGCUCAAGAUGUCUUUUAAUGAGCUUGAGGCUGACAUUCGUGGUGCAAUGCAUGAAAAUCCUCACCACCAGCAACAUUCGACACGGCUACCGGAACUCGCAGAUUUGUCCCACAAGUCGUUUGCGUUGUCUUCGAAUGAUCCAUUCGGACCAGGCCGCAGUCCUAGCUUUCUUCGAAACAACCAGGAUGUACGCCGUGUAUCAGUGUUUACCCGGCCGCAGGACACUCGCCCUCAUCUUCUGCCAACCCAGAAAGAACCUGGGUACUUUCCAGGAGGGCAGCAUCACCAUAGUCCUUCGUGUGUAUCAUUGCUGGGAAAGACACCUCAAAGUAAGGGAAGUACUGGGGUCCAAACAUCUACAAAAUGGCUUCGUGACGAAGAUGAUUGCCUUCGUGAAGCAGUGGCGCGCUUUGGUGGCAAGAACUGGAAGAUGAUCGCCGAAACGUUAGGGAAUGGCCGUACGGAUGUUCAGUGUCUACAUCGUUGGAACAAAGUACUCAAGCCAGGCUUGAUCAAAGGGCCCUGGACACCAGAAGAAGAUCGUAUCUUGACAAGCCUCAUCACGCGAUACGGCAUAGGCAAGAUUCGUUGGUGUGACCUUGCUCUGCAUUUACCAGGACGAAUUGGCAAGCAAUGUCGCGAGCGGUGGUGCAAUCAUCUCGAUUCCCGUAUCCGAAAGGGUCAGUGGACUCCCGAGGAAGACGAUAUGGUCUUUUGUUGGCAGCAAAAGUUGGGCAAUAAAUGGAGUGAAAUUGCGAAGCUACUUCCUGGACGCACCGAAAACGCUGUGAAGAACCGAUUCAACUCAGCUGCGCGUCGCAAGUGGCUUAUGAACCAGGCCAGUAAGUCAGCAUCGAGCCUCCUCAUGCCGACCACACCAGCAAAUCAGACUCGGGCUCCACAUAAUCAGCAACAUUCAUUGUUGCAGCCAUCAUCACUGCAUCAGGAGGGCAAUAUCUACGACGUCAGCACAAAUCUGUACGAAGGUGAGAAAGUUUCACCAUUGUCCGAGGCAUUGGAAGACCACCCGCAUAAGAAGAUUCUGCCACUUGAACGUCAGAACUUCAUCCAGCACUUUUCGAUUUCAGAAGCUCCUGGAACCAGUAAUUUGGAUGAAGCACGCAGUUUUUGUCCAGCUUUAACCAUGGGCAGUGAACAAUGCUUUCAGCAGCAAGACCACGAUACAAUCGAUGAGGCCACGAAGGACGACUCGAUGCCAUUGACGACACCACCUACUUUUGUACCGCCUCCACUCAGCGCUUUCUUUUCUCCUCCGACGAACAGUAGCAUUGAUGCUGAUUGCAUGUUGCAUCACCUAGCAAAUGGAACUGGUAAAGACGAAGGUCCCAUUAGUCCAGUUUUUCCGUUCCCUGAUCAUCUCCCGGCUCAAGUGCAGCACUCAUCCGUCAACGCUACUAUGCCUGAAAACCCCACGCCAGGCGCACUUACCGCUGAAGAAAAUGUUGGAUUCUCUCUUCUCCAGCUGAAGGAAAACAAGGCUGAACGAGGUGAUCUCAUCUUUCAUGCCACACCUGAUGUCCUUGUGGUCGAUACUGUGACCGAUGCAAGUGUCCCCAUGGAUGAUGAAAACAUGAACAGCUUCCUUGACAGUGUCGCCCUUGAACUUGACGAGAUCAUGGAGUAA